CUCUGCUUAAACUCUUGUUUAUCAAUAACACAGCCACGCUAUAUUUAAAGGAGAGAUGAAAAAAAAAAGAUAAUUAUUGUUACUGUUUCAAAAAAAACUCAUGUCGCAUGAAAAAAAUUUAAGAGCUGGGCGUAGUCCUCCCUCAUCCCCAAACAACUUAGGGGACACACUCGGUAAACGCCCAAAUGGUCCAUGAAACAACCCUAUAAAGUAUAUAACUUGUACCCGUUCUUUCUCUCUUUCUCUCUUCUAUUCUUCCUUUCUCCUUUUUUCAUUUAAACCAUGACAGAAACUGCAAACCCUUAUCAUUUGACCAUGAAUAAACAAUUAAAUCAUAUGGCCCCACCUUCUCCUCAAUUAUCACAGGAUGAUUUGGUUCGCGGUCUAAAAGUGCUAGGAAGUAAACCUCUCACACCCUCUGAAUCUACCGAGCUGCCAUCUCCUAUUUCUCCCGCCAAUGUACAAAAACUAGAUGUAUCCGAUGAGCAAGACGAUGAGGAUAUGGUGAUGGUAGAUGAUGAGUUUCAAAUGGAAAACGAUGUAGCGAUGCUGAUUUAUUUUGAAUUCAUGGACUUGAUUUAUUGGGAAAUACCAGGUCGAACAGGUAUUAUUUUAACGGGCAUUUUAGGAUCGCUGGUCUUGACGCGGUAUUACUCUUUAUUGUACGUUUUGGCUGGAUCCCUCACUAUCCUGACCGGCUUCAAUUUAAUAUUUGUUAAUGUCUAUAAUUUCAUCCGCACUGUCUGGACCGGUUUGCCCACCCAUGAGCUGAUUCACCCUUACCACCUUCAUAUGGACGCGCAUCGCCAAAAAGCGAUCAUCCCGCGUGACCUGAUCGACUAUUACAUUCAUAAGGCGGUGGAUGUCUUGGAAAUUGUGGUUCAGGGCACCGUCAAAAUUGUCUAUGUGCACGAUACAAAGACCACUGGAUUCGCUUGUAUCCUGUCUGCAUGCAUCUAUUUUGCAACUAGUUUAGUCCCCACCAAGGUCUUUUUUGGUGCCUUCAUUCUUUGCUUAUUCACGGUCCCUUAUUUUUAUGAACAGCAUCAAGAUACCUUGGAUGAGGUACUGAUUACACUUUUGGAGAAAUCAAAACUCCUUUUAGAGAAAUACCGUACCAUUGUACAAACACAUUCUACAACACUCUAUCAACAAUCUGUUGUACUCCUACAACAAAAAAUGCAACCCAAGACAACAAUGGAAUAACUGUUUUUUUUUACAUAGUAAUAAUAAUAAUAAAGAAAAAACAAAAAUUUAAAAAGAUAAAAAAAAAAAAAAAAAAAAAAAAAAA